AUCUUCCCUUCCCACGAAUCGACUACUGAUGCCCAGACCGGCACGGAGACAACCCAGCUUGUACUAGGUCGGGGAUGGGAUGGGCGAGUUGCGGACGGCUACACGAGAGACCCUCGAGAAGCCGGCGUCGACGCACCUAACCUUGCUCUGACUCGGGUGAACAAGCAAAUUCGAGGGGAAGCACUUCACUGCGCCUGGGAACUGAUGCCCAAGGUCUUCACCUCAUCUUUGGGGCUCUAUGAAAUCGGUCUCGAGAUGGACCAGGAUCUCCCCUUCAAGAGCGCCGGACACGUAGUGCUUGUCUUCCUCACAGUCGACUAUAUUAACUUCUUUGAGGUGCCAUUACCUGGUCUCGCCCAAAAACCGUCCUUACAGCCCCUCGCAUCCUGCCUUGGCAAGGACCUGUUACCGGGUCUGCAACACUUGGAGAUCAGGUUCCAGAACACGAAGCUUGGCCCGGCCAUCGAUCCGUGGGGCCAUCACGACAAUGGCACCAUGAAGCUUGGGUCUGACUUCCGUACCUCAUGUCACAAAGUCCUCAUCGACUGGAUCAUAUUGUUCGCCAUCGACCACAUCAAGCACAUUCCGCGCGUUGAGCUAAAGGGCUACAUCAAGACGAGCCUGAAGCAGAAGUGGGAGGCGAUCUUAGCAGAUGAGCGAAAGGGCAUCGUGCACGAUCUCACUGCAGAAAAAGCGGCGGCUCAGGCUCUGACUAUCCAUGAUGUACCUCCAUCUUGAGAGUGCACGAAACCCUGCCGCUUCGAUGGCAUGCACGCUAUUGCCGCACGCCGGGAGCGAGACCGGCGAUGUAUCUUUCCCCAGAAGCAGCGGAUCCACUGGAUGAACGACUACAGCUUCGACUUCAAUGAUUAAGGGAUGUGCCAGUGGUUGCGAUAUAGCACUGGAGCACACGUUCAGAUUGUGAAGCCAAGAUUU